GGGCUGCGGAGGACGCGUCCGACUCCCGGGUGCGAAGGAAGGCUGCAAAACCUCCUGAACAUGUGGAAUCCCAAUGCUGGACAAACUCCGUAUCCCCCUAACGUGGGCUAUCCGCCUAACGCUCCUGUCCAACCGCCUGUCAAUCCUGCCUUUCCUCCCGCCCCCUACCCGGUCCCCCCUGGAGCUCCUCAGGGAAAUCCAGUUUACCCGCCAGGUGUGCCCCCUCAACCUAUGCCUCAACCAGCAUAUCCAGGUGGCCAGCCCGUUGGUCCCUGCCCACCUCCAUACCCGCCAUCUGCUCCUGGCAUGCCUCCUGUGAAUCCGUUGGCUCCGGGCAUGGUAGUACCGGGCAUGGUGAUGGACAAGAAGAUGCGGAAGAAAAUGAAGAAAGCCCAUAAAAAGAUGCACAAGCAGCACAAGCACGGCAAGCAUUCCUCCUCUUCCUCCUCCUCCUCCAGCAGCGACUCUGACUGAAUGCAGGGCCCGGACCCUCCCAGCAAGCCUCAGAUGCCAUCCCCAGAUGCCACCUGGGGAAGUGAGCCCUUGUGCCCGUCCUCCGCUCCUGCCCUUCCAUCUCCCGUUCGGGCCUGACUGGGGAAACCGGGACGAGAGUCAUCAUCGGCUCACUGAGGCCACUUGUCACUCACUGCUUGGGUAGAACUUCUUGCUGCUGUGUUUAGCAAGAGAACUUUUUUUUUUGAAGAUGGUGGGACUUUUGAACUCUGCUGAAAACAACUCUUAAGAUCUGUAAAGUUGAUUUUGAAAUUGCUUUCAUCAUCCUUGCGUUUGGGAAGGUAUCGCGGGACUCGAACAAGGGGAGGCCUUGUGUUGUGGCAAGCUGGCUGGGAAGUUAAAUCCGUUUGGCGGUGAACUUGGCCCUUUCCGACCCCUGGACUAGUCUGGGUCCUUUCUCCUCCCCCGACACUUGGAGCCAAUAAAGCUGCUUGUCUUGGUAUCUGA